AUGGCCGCGGGCGCCGACGACAGAGACGCCAUCCUCCAGCUUUUCCGCGAGCAGCUCACCGAGCAGGAUCUCCUCCGCAACGGAGACACCAUCGGCACAGAUGAUAACACCUUAUCGCGCUUCUUACGUGCCCGCAAGUAUGAUCUCGAGCAGGCGACGACGAUGUGGAGGAACUGCCAGAACUGGAGGAAUACCGUAGAGGGCAUAGGCAUCGACGAGCUGUACCGGCAGAUCGAUCCCUUCGAUUACCCAGAGCGGGAUGAGGUGUUCAAGUGCUGGCCUCUGUGGUUCCAUAAGACAGACAAGAAAGGCCGCCCUGUGAACAUUCACCACUUCGGCGGGAUCAACAUGCCAGAGCUGUACCGGCACAUAUCACCGCAGGGCUUCUGGAAGACGAUUGUCGUUAACGCCGACGCGCUCACCCGAGAGGUCCUCCCCGCCUCCACCAAGGCCGCAGGGCGCAAUAUCGACGGCACAUUCGUCAUCGUCGAUCUGAAAGGUUUCGGUAUUAGCCAGUUCUGGCAGAUGAAGAACCUCGCCCACGACUCGUUCCAGAUGUCGCAAGACUACUUCCCAGAGACCAUGGCGCAGCUUGCGAUCGUGAACGCGCCCACGUCCUUCACGACGAUAUGGGCGUUCAUCAAGCCAUGGCUCGCAAAGGAGACCGUCGCCAAGGUCGACAUCCUCGGGUCCGAUUACGAAUCCGUGCUCCUCGCGCAGAUCGACGCAGAGAACCUGCCCGAGUCCCUCGGCGGCACUUGCACUUGUGUUGAGGCGGGUGGGUGCAGCAAAAGUAACGCGGGCCCAUGGACGGACGGGCGCAGGGAGCGGCGCGAGCGGUGGCUGAGAGGCGAGGGCGAGCUAGUGGAGGGCAUGGAGCUCGCCCCGGCGUCUCAGCCGGAGAAAGCGGAGGACAGGGGGUUGUCGGACGCAUAUGGCAAGGAGAGCGAAGUGAUGGACGCAGAGGGAGAUGUGGAGAGGAGCAUCGCUGAGCCUGCAGCGGAUACAGACCUGGAGGCGGAGGAGAGCACGCCCUCGAGCUCGUCGAUGCCAUCUACCCCAGAUGACGGGGAAGAGACCAGUGGAAGAUUGCGGGACUUAACACUCGACGGCGCGGGCGAGGUACGCAGGAAGAAGUCACCCGAGGAGUCCAUUGCGGAGGUGUAUAGCGAGCUUCCAGAGACGGAGCUGAAAAAUGCUGCGUGA